AUGUCUUUACGAAAUAAUUUGAUGCAAAAGGCAAGGAUCUAUUUUCGUGGCAAUGACAAACCGGCUAGUUUUCAAGAAGCACAAACUAUUUAUGAAUUUUUUAAGAAACGAGGAAAAUUAAUUGAAUUUAAAUAUGCAAGAUCAAGAAGUUUUUUAACAUUUGGAUUUAUACGAUAUCAUGAUAAUGAGAUUACUGAACAAUUGUUGAAAGAAGGAAAGGUUUUUGUAGAUGAAAUAAAAAAAGAAUUAUUUGUAGAAAGUUCAAACCAUAUACCAGGAUAUCAAUAUGAAGGAUAUUUUAUAGAUUAUAAUAAACCUCUUUGA